GAAGAUGGAGGGGCGGAUGCAGACAUUACAGCAUAGGGUUCACCUGAACUAAGUAUUUUCGAUGUUGGGUAUAACUUCAUAUCUAAAUUCAUCAAUAUUACAGUAAAUAGUGGGUCAAAACUCAUAAUUUUAACUUUGGGAUCAUAACAGUUUUGGUUCGUAAGUUAUAGAUAUUUAUUUUGAUUUUGGUCCUUGUGAUAUCUAACGAUACACAUUUAACCUUCAAUGAAUCAAUACGUACAUGUUUUUAGUCAUUUUAUAUAAGAAGUAUGUUGUAACUGAACUUUUUAGAACUAUAUUAUCGCCAAUUAUGGAGUAACAGUACAAGCUUAACAUAAUAAAUGGAUAAGUGGUUGAUCGACAUUAUGAUAAAAUUAUUAAUAUUUACAAGCAAAGGGAUCAAAAGUGCACAUUUUUAUUAAUUGAAGUUUAAAUGUGCGUAAUCAAAUAUUAUAAGAAUUAAAAUUAGAAAUUAUUAAUAAUUGAUGGACCAAAAGUAUUAUCAUUAACCUUAAAAUUUGAAUUAUAUUAAGAACUUUAAAGGUUAAACUUAUAAAAUUUAAAUUUUAAAUCCUUGGCUGGAUGAUAGAGCUAGAGGGACUUUGUGUGAGAGUUGAAUUUGGUCUUAACGAUAUGGCGCCUGAUAGGCCCUUGCAAACCCCUAGUCGGUGUUACUCUCUUGUAUUUAUUUGAUUUGCCACUUUGCCCUAGAUGCAUUCCCUUUGGUCCUCAGUUCUACAUUACUAGUACUUUCUUUGUUUCUUCUGCAUUAUUCAUACCUUUUCUGAUCGUCAAUAACUGGAGAUUUUUUAUUUAUUUUGUCCUUGAAUAUAGUCCUAUUUUCACUUGAAUUAAUCUAGUCUAGUUAUAUACUCACCCCUACAAGACUACUACAAAAAAAUAAAAGAAAAUCUGUCAGCCGAGUUGUCUGAUGAAUGUACUUCUUGAAUCAUGUACAGCUUCCCUGCAGAAUGAUCCUUAUCCAAUAUGAUACUAACUAGCUAGCUUGUAUUCAUUUCUCCAAUCGGAUUAUCUAGACCAUACAUGAUACAACUUCCAUUCUAUUAUUUUGCCGACUAAAAUAAAACCAGCCACUGAUCCGAUAAGUAUUCGAUAAAGGGUUAAUUAGUUGGCAAAAGGAUUUCUUUUGUAGUAAUAAUUCAGGUAAGAAAAUUGAGAAAUAAAUAGCGGAGAGAAAAAUGCAACCAGCUCCGAUUUAACUGAUAUUAAAUGAUUCUACUGGUUUUUACUCUACUUUGUUUUGAGAAUACGCUCAAAUGAUCUGGGGAAACCAAUUGUUUAGCAAAUUAUUAUGAAGGCAGGGCAUUUGAUCAGCGUGCAUAAAUAUGAGGAGUAUAGGGUGGCUAUGAUAAUUAAAUUUGAGUGAGGUCACGAAAGUCGAAUAUAUAGGGAUUUACACCCAUUAAUCCCAACAGAUCUGCCAAUGAGAUAUGUUUUCGUAGUUAUUUCAAUCGCAUAAAAGAUGCCGCCGAUAGGUAAUUAUAUUCAUAUUCCAAGAGAUAUAAUGGUACCUCCAUUACCAUUAGGUCCACCAUUUGUUCAUGAAAGGAACAUCUAAUAUCAUGAAAGACCUUAUUGUAUUAUGAAAUGGACACUAAUUUCCCAAAGAACAGAAAAAGUGCUUUGAGUUAAUUGCACUUAGCUCCCUUAACCUUGAAUAAUUAAGAAAGAAUAUCUUCUUCACAUUUUGACUGAGAUCAUAACCCCCUUCAGCAACAUCUUCAAGUGAACUUUAAAAUUUUAAUAUAAGAAAAAAAAAAGUACUCUAUUCCUUUUUACUAGUCCGGUAUAUUAAAAUAAAUAUUUUAUUUUACCUGUUCAUUUUAGCAAAUUAAGAGAUAUAUAUACUUAUUAAUUAUAAUAUUACGCUUAUCAUUAAGUAACUAUUUUUAAAAUUUGUUAAAGUACAGGUAGUCAAAUUAAAAAUUUUAAAAUAUAAUUAAUAAGUAUAACUUAAAUAAAAUAAACGCUUAAUCAAUUGAGUAAUUUCUUGAGAGAGCGAAAAGUCAAACUGGACUAGUAAAGCUGUAAAAGGAACAUGAGAAGCAUUGUCUCUUUUUUCUUUUUAGUUUUUACUCAAAGCUUUAAUAAACAAUACUGAAGUCAAAGAACUGGUUGAUCUCUAUUUUUUUUUUCUUUUUUUUUUUUUUGCUCAAAAAAUCCUUUACUACAUCUGUCUCAAUUUAUAUGGCACAGUUUCAAUUUCUAGAGUCAAAUUAAACAGUUUAAUUUUGACCGUGAAUUGGACAUGAAAUCUUUAAGCUUCUUGAAAUAAAAUUUGCAUAUUUGGAAACUGUGUAUACUAGUUGAUAAUUCAAAAUGUUUAAAAGAUAUAUGAAAAAUUACGAUCUAAAAAAGAUUUGUUUGAAUCUCGAAAUCUGAUACGUGGUAUAAAUUAGGACUGAGGGAGUAAGUUUUAGAUCACGUAGAUAUAUAUAAAAAAAUAAGUAUAAUUUCAGCAAAGCUUAUCUUCAAACAGGAGAAUAAUAGUACAAGCCGUCAGUUUAUAAUAGCGAGGAUGCGAAAACAAUUCCUUCUUCUUUCAAGCCUGAUCCAAACGAUCCAAUCUUUGCUACUUCGCUCAUUACCGUUGUAAUUGAUCGUAUUAACACUAAACAUUAGGAUUGACACAUAUAAAACCUAGGUAAAUGCGGCUAUAUGUUUACGAAUCAAACAUUUAUUACAAGACAAAACAACAGCUGAUCAUUAAGUGGACACGAGAUCAUAUAAGGAGAUGCAAUCCCACGAUUUCUUAGAUUACCAAGGUAAUUUAUGCAUUCGCUAACCGUGAUUGCUUCAUUCCUCAAUACGCCAUUCAUCACAAUUCAUAGGCUCUCCUUUAUUGGUUUUCACACUUAAUUCAAUUUUUUUUUUCAUUAUUAGUAUAAUUUAGCCUAUGAAAACAGAUUAUUCCCUCUGGUCCAAAAUAAUUGAUGAUUUAGUCCUGAAAAUAUGUCCAAAAUAAUUGAGGUUUUAGUCUAUCAAGAAGGUAUUUUAUUCUUUUUUCAAAUUUAUCCUUGACACAUUCUUAAUUCAAUGAACUUGUUACAAUUUCAAAGUCCCCUCUUAAUUAAGGAUAUUUUGGUCAAUAUACCUCUUAAUUACUAGUAGUUUUUAGGAGUAGUGGAUUCUUUAAUCCAUGUGUCUAAGUCUAAAAUCUCAAUAAUUUUAUACCGGAGGGAGUACUAUUUUAGUCUACUAGUACGUAUUACCUGUAAAUGCUUACUAAAUAAAAUAACUUAGAAUUAUUCGGUCUCAUUUUAUGUGAUGCAGUUACUAUUUGUAGAAUGACCGAAAUCUUUUUGUGUAUUUUAAAAUAUUUUCAAUUGUGAAUUAUUGUUACUUAUAAUAUUCUUUAUGUAAUUUUUAAAUAUAUAAAUUUAAUUCAAAAGAAAUUUAAGAUUUUAUGUUUGAAUUUAGAGUGAAAAUGUGAUAAUUUGACUCUUAUACUCCUAUUUUUUCUCAUAAAAUAGGAAGGAGGGAGUGCAUACAACUUUUAACUAAUUUGAUAGUAGGUUUCUUUUUACGUUCUCAAUUUUGACUAUUUUAUUUCUGGCUUCUUAAUUUGCUCUAAUACUUGCCGUUUGAAGUAAUGAAUGAUUAUCGGGAUAAUGAUAAUCUGUUUCUUUGGCUCUCGCAGUUUCACUGUAUGUAAACUACACUAAAGAAAGAGCCUGCAGAACUAACUACAAUUCCCAAAGCCUAGCCCCUACACCUUACAAUCCAACCGGCUGUCUUUUCCCCUAAUUACCUGAAUUACCCCUACAUAUCUUCCUAUAGACUGUCAUUUUCCUAACAUUUAGUCAUUUCUUUCGUUCCCGAGACAAGUCCAAUAUAGGGGUAUUUUAGUCCUUUCAUGCAUGCAUACAUUCAUACCAAGACGAAAUACCUCUCCUCGCCGCUAACCGCCAUGUUUUCAGAGAUUUUCAGCACCAAAAACAAUACGCAUGUUAAUAACAUCUCUCCCUUUUGUUAAUUUUGACUCUCUCUCUCUACCCCCUAUUCCCCUUUAUAUAUAGUACUACUAUACUCUAAAUUAAAACCAUGCAUAUAUAUUUCACUCUUUAUUUUUCUUGAGUGUUGAAUUUUUUUAUUUUUUUUUAAAAGAUGAAUGAUAAUAUGAGUGUGGAUAUGUUAGCAUCUGGUGGAACUCCAGUAGGGUCUAGGUGGAAUCCAACGAAUGAACAAAUUGAGUUGCUUGAGAGUUUAUACAGGCAAGGGAUAAGAACACCAAGUGCUGAGCAGAUACAACAGAUUACGGGGAGGCUAAGGGCUUUUGGUCACAUUGAGGGGAAGAAUGUGUUUUAUUGGUUUCAAAAUCAUAAGGCAAGGCAACGACAGAAACAGAAGCAAGAUAAAUUUGCUUAUUUCAAUCACUUUCUUCAUCGGACUUCUGUUUUUCCACCACCUUGCCCAAAUGUUGGUUGCAGCCCUUAUUACGCACCACAAAGAAAUCUAGGGUUUUAUCAGCAGUAUCCAGUUCCCAGUCUUAUCCUCCCAGCUGGACAAGGCGGUUUCAAAAGGAGAGCAACUUAUGAUGCUACUGCUGCUUUAUACAUCAAUGCUACUACUACUCAUCCUCCAGAAAAUAACAGUGCAAAUGCAAAUAAGCAGUUUAAUCAAGAAACCUUAAAUCUUUUCCCGCUGCACCCAACUGGGGUUUUACAAGAAAAGACUACCAACUCUUCUUCUUCUUCCACUACUUCUGCUCAUGAUCAGUCCAGUGUUGUUACUAGUUGUCCUUCAAAUUCAGUGGAAACUGUAAACUGUUUUACUGAUCUUGGAAUUGGUGCUGCUGAUCAUCGUCCAGCGUUUAACUUCGCAUGUGGAAAGGGUCCUUGUUAGUGACGGUUUUGAGAAAAUAUCUGUGACAUUUUGCUGCUGUGUGU